UCGCUCCGAGCGCAGUCUGCUGGAUACCAGAGAGCAGGAGAGAGCGAGAGAAGCGAGCCUUGAAACCUCUGCGGUGCAGAGCUGGAAAAGCUGCUUCUCAGCGAAAUUCAGACGCCCUAUAUUUACCCUGCUUAUUUGCUCCUAUUCUUUUCCUGGAGAAAAAAGGGACUUACUACCAAGAAGUUGCAACGAGGACUGGUGCCCGUCUCUGCGACCAAAUGUGGUAUUUCUUGUAUUAUUAUUAUUUAUGCUGAUUUCUUUUUUUGCUGUGUGAGUACAACUCUACUGAAGGGACUGAGGUUUUUAUUUUUGCACUGAGACGCAUUGCUUUCUACCUCCUGCCUGGUCUCCCUGCCAGAUUAUCCCGGCAGAAGUAGGCUACAUGACGCAAAUCGUGUGCAGAGCAUUAGUCUGAAAGUUUUUCCUCCACUACUUUUUUUUCCUUUUUCCACCACUCACACGGUGUUUCAUGCGACAGCGGUGGAGGAGCCAAAAGAACUAUUGCAUGAAACAAGAGAGGAGAGAAGAGACGCUGAUUAAUAAAUCCGUUUUUGCGACGCUUGCAAAUACCGUUGCAUAUCUGCAAAAGAGUCGCGACAGCAACAUGAGUACAGAGCUGAGCAUGGGUCCGGAGCUACCCAGCAGCCCUCUGGCUCUGGAAUAUGUCAAUGAUUUUGACCUGAUGAAGUUUGACGUGAAGAAGGAAGGCCUGGCCGGACUGGAGCGCAACGGGGUGCGCCAGUGCAACCGCCUCCAACCCCAGGGCUCAGUGUCCUCCACCCCCAUCAGUACACCCUGCAGCUCGGUGCCCUCUUCACCCAGCUUCAGCCCCACAGAGCAGAAAAACCACCUAGAGGAGCUGUACUGGAUGCCGAACAGCGGGUACCAUCAGCAGAUAGACCCGCAGACGCUAAGCCUGACCCCGGAGGACGCAGUGGAGGCCCUGAUUGGAGCCACAGCUCACGGCCACCCUCCGCCUCCGCACGUCCAGCAGCAGCUGCAGCAGCAAGGCGCCUUCGAGGGCUACAGGGGCCCGCAUCACCACCACAGCCACCACGGCCACAACCAGCAGCACCAUCACCCGUAUGCGGGGGGCAUCCCGCACCACACCGAGGAGCUGUCCGGGCACCCGGGCGGACACAGCCACCCACACAGCCAGCAUCACCACCUCCACAGCCAGGACCCCGACAGCCCGUCCCCGUUGUCCCCGGACGACCACCAGCCGCUCCAUCACCACCGCCACCACCACCACCACCAUUCGCACGGCCACCUGGGCCAGUCGGCCUCACACCACGGAAGCGGGGGCGGACUCAACGUGGAGGACCGCUUCUCCGACGACCAGCUGGUGUCCAUGUCGGUGAGGGAGCUCAACAGACACCUACGGGGCUUCACCAAGGACGAGGUCAUCCGCCUCAAGCAGAAGAGGCGGACCCUGAAGAACCGGGGCUACGCGCAGUCCUGCCGGUUCAAGCGCGUGCAGCAGAAGCACGUGCUCGAGAACGAGAAGACGCAGCUGAUGAACCAGGUGGAGCAGCUGAAGGCGGAGAUCGGCCGCCUGGCCCGAGAGAGGGACGCCUACAAACUCAAGUGUGAGAAACUGGCGGGCUCAGGGGCCAGUAACGGGUUCCGCGAGGCUGGCUCGACCAGUGACAACCCCUCAUCCCCAGAGUUCUUCAUGUGAGUUGUCAAAGCCUUUUUCCUCACAACAAAACUUUCCCCCCCCUCUCCACCAACACCUUCUCCUUUUUUUGACUGAUGAACAAACGAUAAUAAUCCACUCCUCCCAUACUGUUUAUGAUAAUAACACUUAUAUUAGAAGAGUAAUCCAUCAAAUAGUAUCCUCAUAUAUAACCAUCUCUCCAUCCACGUGUCAACUGAGAUACAAAGAGCAACGUAGAGAUCAGUCGCAGUAUCUUUGUAGAUUAGUUGCUUGUAGUGAAGAGACUUUUGUUUGUGUUCCUCCUCAAAGAAGAGGAUCGACUGAUGAACUCUUUUUUGUCCUCUCUCUCUCCUUCUUUUGAGGCUACAGCUUUUAAAUAAUCUGUAAGUAGUGUGGGAUGGCGUCGAGGUGUCGUUGUCUUGUAAUUCUGUUAUGAAACAACAAGUAGCUGCAGGGCCAUGGCCUCGCAGGCUGCAACUCACAUUCGACAAGUGGGCCCGUAAAAUCUGAGAAAAUCUCCAAAAAGCAAGACUCCACUUUAUGCAAAACUUCUGUCUGCUGACCCGUCACAGGGGGGGGGACAUUUUUAUGCAACAUCUCAUUGAUUUAUUGCCUGCUUGGUUAUAUUCGAAUAUAUAUUGAAACAAAAAAAACCUGCAUUAAUAUUAAUCCUGCAUGCUGGACAUGUACGGUAAUAAUUUCUAUUUUGUACCUUCAUCUUCUCGUGUAUAUUAAGAGCAUGUUGUUGAUCUGCGCUUCUCCAUGGUUGUUCGGGGGGGUUAGAGAUUUGCAGCGGGGACAGAACAGCAGGACUGCCGGUGCAGUGUCAUAUGGUGUGGGGUUCUUUUUUUUUUUUUUUUUUUUUUUCUUUGAGCUUGUAAAUAUUAUGCAACCGCAAAACUGCACAACAAGAUCGAGGAGGCUGGUUUGAACUUCUUUCUUUCUUUGUGUUGUGUUUUUUGAUUUCAUUUAUUUUUUAUGUUUUUUUAUGAUUUGGGGGUAUUGAUUGAGAGAGGAGUGCAUUUUUUUUUCUUUUUCAUUUAAAUACAACAUGUGUGUCAAGUGCACUUUUUUUUGGAAUAAUGAUUUGCAAGUUUUCAUUUUGACUUUUGUGCAGACCUCCCUCCAGGAAGACAUACUAUGAUAUGAUAUUGUCGUAUUAUUCAGGACGGGCCUGAGUGCAGAGUUUUUAAGAGAAACAUCUGGACACACGUGAGAGGCUGAGGAGACGAACGUGUGGCCAUGAGUUUAUCACACACAGAUUGCACAGAAGAGGCCAUUGCGCACCACACUCACAACGUGGGUUAGUCCUGUGUGUCGUUUUGAUUCAAUGUGGCUUUUGUGCCACUAAUUCAGAAAAGUCUUGUCUGCCUUUCCAUGAACAUUUGAACAAACCACAUCAAACCAGACCUUAUACCCGCUCUGUGUAAUUGGCGGCCACCUGUAGCACAUUUCCACUGGGCCUAAUAUCAAGGAUUUAUAUUUUUAACGAUAUUUAGUAAAAACACGUACAUGUCAGGGGUUUUAUGUAGAGUUAAUAUUUAGAUAACGCGAGCGUUUGAAUACAAAGUUUGACUAUUAAUGCUCUAUGUUUUCCUGAUUUUUUUUCUGCAGGUCAGUAAAAAAGGGGACACAGGUUGUGCAAAAUUCUCAAAAUGAAAACAAUAUGUACGUUACAUAUGAUGUGUUUGUUUUUUUGUUGUUGUCGGUUUUAUUAUUAUUUGAUGAUUCUGGUUCUGCUGGCCAGAUGCAUAGUUAAAGUUUUUAUUUUAAUGAUUUAAAUUAACAAAAAACUGUCAGAUCAUAUCAUAAGCAUGGUGCUUGCAUUUGAAACUAUUGUUGAAAAGUCACGCAUUUAACAAUCUUUGGUUUGUUACUGAUUCAACUGUGUUGAAAUCAAACUGAAACUGCAGCAGCGGGUUGUUGUUAUGUUUUCGCCGAUUCCAUGUACUUUGCGAUGAUGGGGAUCAAUUUUCAAUCCUGUUUAUAUAAAUAAUAGUUAAACACUUAAAUUUGAACUGUUCCAUUCAGGCUGGUUUCUGUUUUGUCUUAUUUUGAUUGUUUUUGGAAGAAAUUGUUUCCUAUUUUGCUUAUUAAAGUCAUUGAAAUGGCAA